AUGUCACCAACCGAACCUAACUCAAUCAUGAACUGGCAUGAGGAAGACCAUACGAGGUACAGACGUGCUUUUGCAAAUUCCUUCUCAGAGAAAAGCUUGAAAGAACAGGCACCAGUCAUUGAGAGCUACGUUGAUCUCUUCAUGGAACAAAUGAAAAAGAGAAAGGCUGUCGAUCUUGAGAAAUGGUUGAACUACCUGACUUUUGACAUCUCUGGAGACUUCACCUAUGGCGAGUCUUGGGAUUGUGUUGCAAACGGCAAAGCGCAUCCCUGGGUCGAUAUUGCCCAGGACUUUGGCAAAGGGCUUGCCUUGAUCGGCUCGAUCAACCAUUACCCUCCUAUCGAUAAACUACUCCGACACAUCAUCCCUAAACGCAUCUUGCAAAGGAGUAUGGACCAUCGUAAGCUGAGUAUGGAACAAGCUCAGAAGAGAAUAGCACUGAAUGUAGAGCGGCCGGACUGGGUAACUCCGACGAAGAAGUAUAGUGAUCAAAAGGAUCAAUUCACAGAUGCUGAGUGGGGAAUCAACUUACUCGUAAUUGCGUUUGCUGGGAGCGAAACAACAGCGAGUGCUCUGACUGCGAUCGUAAGAAUGUUGUUGCAGCACAGAGGUGUCUUGCAUCGACUCACAGCAGAGAUCAGGGAUAAUUUCCAGAAUGAGAGCGACAUGACGGUAGCAUCGACAAGCAACUUGCCUUAUCUAAACGCGGUCAUCAAUGAGGGCAUGCGACUUGGCCCUCCCACCGCCAUCGGAGUACCUCGCAUUGCUCCCAAAGGCGGAGAUACUGUGUGCGACCAAUGGGUUCCUGAAGGCGUAAGAGAUUCAUGCUCCCAUACUACCUCAACCUAA